UUGUUCGGAAAGAUAAUUUGCUCAAAUUUCGAUGUAUUCGAUGAAGUGAUGAUGUGAAGUUGGUUGCACUUCUCCUUUUUAAUUCGUUGUUGGGUACGAGAGAAUAAACAUCCAAAAUGGGUAAGGGAAAUAAUAUGAUUCCAAAUGCUCACUUCCAUAAGUGGUGGCAACGCAAUGUUAAGACUUGGUUCAAUCAACCUGCUCGCAAGUUCCGCAGACGCCAAAAUCGCGUCAAGAAGGCUAAAGCUGUCUUCCCACGCCCAGCACAAGCAUUGCGUCCCGUAGUGCGUUGCCCAACUAUCCGUUAUCACACGAAAUUGCGUGCUGGACGCGGUUUUACUCUUGAGGAAUUGAAGGGUGCUGGUUUGACUUACGGCUUCGCCAGAACCAUUGGUAUUGCAGUUGAUAAGAGACGUAAAAAUAAGUCUCUUGAAUCACGCCAACGUAAUGUGCAACGUUUGAAGGAAUAUAAGAGCAAAUUGAUUCUAUUCCCAAUAAAUGAGAAGAAGAUCCGCAAGGGAGAAUCUACAUUGGAAGAAUGCAAACUGGCUACCCAAUUGAAGGGAACAGUUAUGCCAAUAAAGAAAGAACAACCAGUCAUUGAAUACCGUGAGAUUGCCAAAGACGAGCAGAAAUUCAAGGCAUUCGCCACUUUACGCAAGGCUCGUUCUGAUGCUCGAUUGGUUGGUAUUCGUGCUAAACGUGCAAAGGAGAAUGCUGAUAAUGUAGAUGAUGCUGGUAAAGAUGUGAAAAAAUCCAAAAAGUAAUUUUUUUUAGAAUUUGGAAUAAAAUAACUACAAAAUAUCCAAA